GUUUCGAAGCACUGUAUGAGAAAGAAUAGGGUUCGAUCUACUUUUUUUUUCUUUUUUCUUUUUUCUUUUACGUCUCGUCACGAAUUAGAGGGAACCUAUACCAAGAUUGCAAAAUAUCUUUAUACUUGAGCAGUUAAUAAAAUACAUUUAAAAAAAAUGCCAUGAUUUUAUAGUUACUCAUCAGCUAACACACGUAAUUUUAGAUUGUGGUAAGCCUAGCAAAUAGCUAGAAAAAUGUAUUAUACGGAAUAAAUGUUAAUCGUGAAAAUUACGCGGACAUCUCCAAUAGAAAAGAUUGAAAAGAAUUUUUGUUGGACAUUGAGCAACUGUUGAGAUUAAAAGCUUAGGUUUUUCCAUAAAUGGAACCGAUGCGCAAUCAUUUUUUUAGCUGGGUAUCCGGUGUUGCCAUCGGUCGAUAGUCGGAUCGAUCCGACAACGUUUAUCUUGGUUACAAACAGUUUGCGGUUCGUUUUAUUUUGGACGUAACUCGCUAUUAAUAAAAGGGCAUGAGGUGGCGGUCGCUACUGCCAGCACUAACAGUAACUACCAGUACUAGUACCACUGCCGCUGACACUAGUUGUCGGCGCAACUACCACACAACGUAAUGAAACUGUACCGUGCUUCAAUUGAUGCUUCUGUACCGCAGAAGUCGGAGGAAUGCGUUGCGAACGAAACGAAUGUCGAAGAACUAGAAGAGCUGCGCGACAAGUACGAAGGAAAAUUAACAGCAUCCCUUUAUACCGGCACUCUAUUCGUCUCUGUAAUUGCUUCGAUUUUCGCAAUAGGAGUCCUUUGCAUCACAAACUAUCGGGACUUGUCCCAAGUAAUUGUUCCUGCAUCGAGUUUAACGAUAAUGCUGUUCUCCUCGUUGAGUUUGUUGCUCCUGACGCAGCUACCAUCGACUUUAACGUCGAUUAGAACUCGAUUUCUUAUCGGUUUCGCUUCUUCCACGAUCCUUGGUCUUGGAAUUUUGAUUCUUCGAGGCUCGGUGCCUUUAUUUGUAACGAUCCUUGCAAUGGUUGCCGUAUUACCAAGAAGCAACCGACAUACUCCGACAAUUCUUGCAAUUAUUUUUAUAGUCGUGCAUUUGGGUGGAAAAUUCGUAUUUUCCGAUUACUCGAAUUACUACCAAAUAGCUCAGAUAUGCAGCGAAAUCGUUUUCCUCUUGGCGGCAGUACUUGCUGGUUCGUAUUACAGUAUUCUAACUGCGAGAGCGCACACUAAAACCUUUUCUGGAACGAAAACGGUCAUCGAAUCCAGAAUAAAGUUAGAAUGCGAAAGGGAACAACAAGAACAAUUACUGUUGAGCGUUAUUCCGGCCUAUAUAGCUGCAGAGGUGAAACGGAGCAUCAUGCUGAAAAUGGCAGACGCUUGUCAGGAAGUUAGCAAACAUCAACAAACCAGAUUUCACGAAAUGUACGUGCAGAGACACAACAAUGUCAGCAUUUUGUAUGCAGAUAUCGUGAAUUUUACGCCGCUCUCGGAACAAUUGUCAGCUUCGGAUCUAGUGAAAACGUUGAACGAACUUUUCGGAAGAUUCGACCAAAUUGCACAGGAUAAUCAGUGCAUGAGAAUCAAGAUCUUGGGUGACUGUUACUACUGCGUUUCAGGACUGCCGAUCUCGCGGCCGAAUCACGCGUAUAACUGUGUAAACAUGGGACUCGAAAUGAUAGAUGCGAUUAGGUUUGUUCGCGAAGCAACGGGAUUUAACGUGGACAUGAGAAUCGGAAUACAUACGGGGAACGUUUUAUGCGGAGUACUCGGUCUACGAAAAUGGCAGUUUGACGUUUGGAGCGACGACGUUACACUGGCAAAUCACAUGGAAAGCGGAGGUUUAGCGGGGAGAGUACACGUAACUAAAGCCACCCUGCUUCACCUCGGUGACCAUUUUCAAGUCGAACCUGGUAACGGAGGAUUUCGAGAAAGUUAUCUUGCACGACAUAACAUCGAAACUUUCUUGAUAGUACCACCGAAGAAAAGCAGCCAAGAAAAUUCAAAGGAUGACAUCAGUGAGCGCGUACAUUGUGGCACUGCUUCGGUACCGACAAGAUCAAGACCGAGUAGCAAAAUGACGAAAUACGUUGAAUGUUGGGGAGCGGAUAAACCUUUUGCCAAUAUCGCAGAAGCUACGCUUGCUAAAAAUAUCGGUUUAACAAGCAUCGCCAUGAUCGAAUCGAAUCUUUUAGCGAACAGUAAUGUCAAUUGUUUCAUCGACGUAAAAGAGUGGUGCAAGGGUAACAGCAACGGUAACGAGGGUAUGUCACCCUUUACUUACCAGUUCAACGAUCAAAAUCAAGAACUUGAAUUCCGCGAACAGCUCGACGAACAGUUCCUUUGGUAUCUUCUCGCCUCUGGUACAUUCUACGCGAUGAUCUUCUGUAUUCAGAUCAUUUACUUACCGAAAAGCGCGACAGUUUACGGCUGUUUCGUAGCAGGUUUGUUACUCCUGUCGACUUUCGCUGCGACUUGUUGGUUAGCUAGCAGAUCCGAAACCGAAGGCAAAAUUUUCCGGCGUCCGUUAGUUUUAACCAGAGCCAUCAGAAUAACGGCGUACUUGGUUACUGCGUUCCUGUCUACCGGCUCGUCCAUGUUGAGUCUCAUCGAUGUCGAUCAGACAAACGGUUACGAUGUCGUGCCACUGUACAUCUAUUCCGCAGUGAUGUCUCUAAUUGUUGGUUGGACUUAUCUACGAGUCGGGUUCUUCCUCAAAUUCUGUGCAAUGUUCGUUUCCGUAACAAUGAUGCUCGUAACGUUUUCGCAAGCACCAGCUAUAAAAUCAUACUGUACGAUCGAAAAUGACGGACUUUACCACAUUCACUGCCUCCUUCAAAUUGGAUAUUUCUUCGCACUCGUAUGCCUCGUACUACACGUUUUAGACAGACAAGUGGAAUACGCGUCGAGAACUGAUUUUCUGUGGCAAAGUAAACUGAAAAUCGAACAGGACCAAGUUGAAACUAUGAGGGGUAUUAACAAGAUUCUCCUCGAGAACAUACUACCUGCUCAUGUAGCGGAGCAUUUCUUAGCAAACGACAGAGCUACUCAGGAUCUUUAUCACGAAAGGUAUAAUAGUAUCGCCGUCAUGUUUGCGUCGAUUCCAAAUUACAAGGAAUUCUAUGAUGAAACUGACAUAAAUAAACAAGGAUUAGAAUGUCUCAGACUUUUAAACGAGAUUAUUUGCGACUUUGAUAAACUAUUGCUGAAACCAAAGUUUUCCGGAAUCGAAAAGAUUAAAACUAUCGGUAGCACGUAUAUGGUUGCCUCUGGACUCAGUCCAGGCAAAGAAGACGCCGAUGGAAAGGAUCCGUUGAACCAACAAGAUCACAAUGUAAUCGUUCUCGUCGAAUUUGCUCUUGCUUUGAUGACUAUUCUAGAUCAAAUCAAUAAAGAAUCUUUUCAAAGAUUUCAACUGAGAAUAGGUGGUGGUACAGGCUUUAUCGGAACAAACAUAAUUAAGUCGUUAUCUAGUCAAGGAAUUUCGUGUACGUGCAUUUCUCGAAUGCCUGGUCCUAACCGAAUGACAUGGCAUGAUUUAGAAUAUUAUGGUUUACCUGAAAACACAAGUGCUGUGAUUAAUGUCGCUGGACAAGACGUACUCGACCCUAAACAACGAUGGUCGGAAGGAUUUAAGCAAAACGUCAUAAAUAGUCGAGUGAGAACAACACAAAUCUUAGCUAAAGCUAUAGUUAAUACCAAAGCUGAUAUUUUUGCAACAAUUUCCGGGGUAGCUUAUUAUAAACCAAACGACACAGAAUAUACGGAAGAAAGCAAGUGCGAAAAAUAUGAUUUUUUAUCAGAACUUUGUCACGAGUGGGAAGCAGCCGCGCAACUUCCGCAAGAUAGUACUAUCAGACAAGUUACUAUCAGAUCUGGAGUAGUAUUGGGAAAAAAUGGUGGUAUGAUUAAACAAAUAUAUCUACCAUUUUUUGUUGGUUUGGGUGGUCCUAUCGGUAAUGGAAAUCAGUACAUGCCUUGGAUACACAUAACGGAUUUAGUUAACAUGUUCUUGUUUUCGCUUAGAAACAAAAAUGUACAUGGCAUAUUAAACGGAGUUGCUCCACAGAUCGUGACAAACAAAGAAUUUACGAAGGUAUUUGCAACGACAAUGCGGAGACCUGCGCUUAUUCCUGUACCAAGCUUUGUUUUGAGUAUCCUUUUAAACAAAGAACGAGCAACAAUUAUUUUGGAAGGACAAAAAGUUAUACCGAAACGUGUACAAAAAUUAGGAUUUCAGUAUCAGUAUCCCGAUAUAAAUUCUGCGUGUGCUGAAAUACUUGGUAAAAAUAUUAAAAAUAAUAAGAAUAAAUAAAAUUAAGAUUGACGCUUAAUUGUAUAGAUUUGAUUAGGAGGGAAAAAUAUGAAGGAUGGAAUUUUAGGUUGUAGAUUGUUUUCCUAUUUUAGCAAAUAUGCAAAUAUACGUGACUGUACAGAA